GUGUGGGAAAGGAUGGACUGCUAGCCAGCACUAGUAUUUCAUCUCAAAGUCUUCAGAGUAAUUACGGCCUUUCAUCUGAAGACUGGGAAAUUUAUAAAACUUGCUACCUUAACAAAAAAAAGAAAGUCAGGAAGGACCGGACAAGCCGGGGGGAGGGGGAGGUAAGGGGGCAGAGUAGUGAGGAAUAUGUGGAGGUACCAGAGUGGGGAACAUUUGAGGGGAAGGCCUCCAGGGUUGUGAUGGAGGGGACAGAGGCUGGUAUUAGUAUGAUGGAUAUGCUAAAUGGAGGUGAGGAGAAUGUAUGUGAGGUGGGAGUGAAUGUGGAGGAGGUUAAGGGAGGAGGAGGGAAAAGUACAGGGAAUGCUGUGGAAUAUGUGGUGUCACAAGUAGGCAGAACUUGGCUAGAACCCAUCCAGGAGGAAGACCUUGAGGAAGAUGAAGAAACAGAUGAGGAGCUUCAGGAAGCAGAAGACACUGAUGCUGCCACAGUGGACAGUUGGCAGUGCAUGGCGGCAUAUGUAGCCAGAAUAUGGCUGCAGACUUUACAGGAAGAUGGACCUGAGGAAAAUGAAGAAGCUGAUGUGGUAUUCCAGCAGGCAGAAGAUGCUGAUGCUACCACACUGGUCAGGUUUCAGUGUAUGGUGGCAUCUGAAGACAGAUCACAGCUACUGACUAUACCAGAAGAAGGACCUGAGGAAGAGGACGAGACUGAAGUGAUGAAGACAGAUAAAACAAAAGAAGAUGCUGAUGCUGCCGAGAAGAUCUACAGUGAUGAAGAAGUAUCAUUCCAUGUGAAUGCCGAAGAUCUUUCUGAAGAAGAUACUGAGAAGAGCCACAAGAAGAAGAAGAAGAAGAUGAAGUGGUGCUUCUUCUGCUGUCCCCUGCCCUUCAGAAGAAGUAGCAAGAGGCAGUAAUUAUAAGGUUGUGAAUUCAGGUUUACAAAUGACUUAAAGCAGUAAUAUAACUGCAUUAUUGACACCUUCACAAUGCACUGUAAUGCAUCCAUAAAUAUAUUAUAGACAUGGGUAUAAAUAUUGAAGAAAAAAAAGCAUAACACAUUAUAGACAUGUUUAUUAUGGAUUAAUGGCCGAUAUAAUGUAUUAUGAAGAUAUUUAUUGUGUAUAUAUAGAUCAGAGCAUUCAUAAUGCAUUAUCAAGAUAGCUAUAAUGUGUUAUGCCUUUGUAUAAGUAUUUACAGCCGUGUUUUUAAUACUUUUAUAAAUGAUUUAUAAGGCAUUAAUUGGAUAUUUAUUUAUUUAUUUAUUUAUUUAUUAGUUAUAUGACUGCUUUAAGUAAAGUUAAGUAAAAUGUUUAUUUUCUUUUUUUUAGAAUACCCGUGUUAGAGCCCUGCAUUGGGACUGGGAUCCCGCGGGACCCAACGGAAAGUGAUACUGUUUAAGUGUUAAUGUAGCUAUAAGAUACGAUAGGAUAAGAUAUGCUGAGUUAAAAUAUAAGAUAGGCUAAGACAAAAUAUAUUAAUAUAAGCUAAGUUGAAAUAUAAUAAGAUAAGAUAGGUUAAGUUAUAUGAUAAGAUAGGCUAAGUUAAAAUAUAAUAAGAUAGGUUAAGUUAAGAUAUGACAAGAUAGGCUAAGACGAAAUAUAUUAAUAUAAGCUAAGUUGAAAUAUAAUAAGAUAAGAUAGGUUAAGUUAUAUGAUAAGAUAGGCUAAGUUAAAAUAUAAUAAGAUAGCCUAUCAUAUUUUAUCUUAGCCUAAGUUAACAUAUGAUAAGAUAGGCUAAGUUAAAAUAUCAUAAGAUAGGCUAAGUUAAAAUAUGAUGAUAGGCUAAGUUAAAAUAUAAGAUGGGUUAAGUUAACAUAUGAUAAGGUAGGCUAUGUUAAGAUAAGAGAUUUGCAAUAAAACAUAUUUACUUUUCAAA